GCAGCCUGACCAACUCUGGGGGACCUUACAUUACGUCAGACGAGGGCCCCGGAAUGAGCAGAACAAUAUUUUUUGAGGUCGAAAUACUGGACUCAAAAACCAAAGAACAGCUCUGUUUUCUUGACAAGGUUGAACCCCAUUCAAGCGUAGGUGACAUUAAGAGUUUGUUUCACAAGUCAUAUCCCAAAUGGUAUCCAGCUAGACAAGCCCUGAGGCUGGACCCCAAAGGAAAAGCACUGAGAAAUGAUGACCUGCUACAGAAUCUGCCUGUCGGGACCUCAGCGACCUUGUAUUUCAGAGACCUUGGCCCACAACUGGGAUGGACGAUGGUUUUUCUGGCGGAGUACAUAGGUCCCCUUCUGAUAUAUCUCCUCUUCUAUUUCCGCGUCCCAUACAUCUAUAACCACAAAUACACCUUCACCUCCAGCUCUCAUCAUGUGGUCAAUUUGGCUUGUGCUUGUCACUCUUUCCACUAUAUCAAGAGGCUAUUUGAAACAAUCUUUGUGCAUCGGUUUUCUAAUGGCACAAUGCCUCUCAGAGCCAUUGUAAGGAAUUGUGCGUAUUAUUGGGGUUUUGCAGCAUGGUUAGCAUACUACAUCAACCAUCCUCUCUACACACCACCAUCAUAUGGAGAGCCGCAGGUCAACUAUGCACUAAUGAUCUUUGUGUUAUGUGAGGCAGGUAAUUUUUCCAUCCACUGGUCACUGAACAGUUUAAAAUGUGAAGGUGCAAAAUGUUGCAGGUUCCCAAAUCCAUCUAAAAACCCUUUUACGUGGCUUUUCUUCUUUGUUUCAUGUCCCAACUACACAUAUGAGGUGGGUGCUUGGGUGGGCCUGUCCAUCAUGACCCAGUGUGUGCCAGUGGCUCUCUUCACAUUUGUAGGUUUCAUUCAAAUGACCAUCUGGGCCAAAGGAAAACACAAAACUUACACCCGGGAGUUUAAGGACUACCCAAACCUCCGCAUGCCAAUCCUCCCUUUCAUCCUCUGACAUUUAUAUAAACCAACUUCAGGUCAAAAUCCAGAGACAUUAUGAUUUCAGCUGAGAGAACUAGGACACAUCUGAACAGCUGCAUGUAAAUGAAGCCGAUUUAUGGCACCCUCUGGAAAGGAUUAUGAAGUUAAAUCCGCUUUUCAACAAUAUCUGACAGUUAUCAUGCAAGAUGAUGUCGAACAUUGUUGUAUUUAUAAUGGUAUGCCACUUGGGAUUUUAAAUAAGCAGAUUUGUAAGAAUUUGUGUUGACGCGACAUAUUAUUGUUGGUUAAAUCAUUUCCACAACUAUCCAUGUGCACUGUAAACCAACUACUUCAGCAUGAAAGAAAAUUGUUUUUCCUAAACAGAGGGAGUUACACUAAUUAGCUACAAUAUUUAUUAAAAACAAUAUUUAUAUGAAAAUACUGAACUUUUGGGGUGAAAUAAAAAUAAUUUGUUUUACCUGAAAUCUCAUUAACUGGUUCAGAUGGUUAUAAAAUACCAAUCUCGAGUGAUACUAUUUAAUAAAUAUUUCCAGACUGUAUUGCUGAUGGUAAUGUUAUUGCAUUCACUCUUGUCAAAGUGGACAGUGAGCAAUAAAAUUUUUAAUAGUAUUAUUUUUGGGUAUUUUUACAAGAAAGAAAGAAAGAAAAACCAAAAUUAACUUUGUACAAUUCCUUGCUACCAGCUAUUUCUAGUCAACAAAUUACAAAACUGAACAUUCAACAUUUGGUUUAAUUACAACACUUGUUUGUAUGCUACACUUUUGUAACUUGGCAAGAAUUAUUAAAGCCUUAACUUGCAAUGCAUCACAAUGUAAUGUGCAUUUCAAUAGCAAUAGCCUUUGCAAUAAAAUCUAUUGCAUCAUUUGAUUUGUUUUUAAAAUAAAAUUCUUUGUAUAAAAGUGACAUUGACAUAAUAAAGUGCUACAGUAUUCAUAAGACUAACUUAGUCCAGUUCCAUCUGCAUUUUGUUGUGGUUUGGUUGCAUUUCUAUUAAAAAAAAAAAAAAAGCCAA